UUUCACUCUUACUCCUCCGUCGGAUCGAAUGGUGACAAUAUUGCUCGAUACUAGGGGAUCCGGGAGGGUCAGGUUCAGAGGACUCACAGACCCAGAGGGCAGGGCAUUACUGAACCUCGUCCAUGGAUCCAGAAUUGGGUAUGUCUCCGUAGUAAGUCUGCGAUUGAGAGGAAGAAAGUGCUGUUUACGAGACUAGUCGCUCAACCACCAUUCACCAUGCUCGAAAUGACAAUCACCGCGACUGUCUAGGUCUAGACUUCCUUGCAUUCAAAAGAUAACGCUAAUGCCUCGGCGCCCUGACACUGCCCUCAUGUACAUGGGUUCCAUCUACACCAUCAUCCCAGGCCCUCUUGCCAGCGACAAUUACCUUGAUGAUUCCACCGCGCAUUGCUGUCCUUCUCAUUGUGUCGAUCUUCUCCGCCUCUUCCUCCGUCGCUCUCAAUGAAACCCACUUCGGGCUCUACAAGAACACGCAUUUGGUCCCUGCCGACUGAAGCGCCGCCCAACGCGACAAUCCCGAUCCCAGAUGUCGGUGCCGAUUCUGGAACUACACAGUUCUUACCGAGUUUGCCUGCGGACGGCGCCUUUACGCCCUCAUGGGUCAAUGUCUUUUUCAACGUCGUGACGUGGGCGCUCGGUGCGGCCGGUCUUUGGCUGCGGUUCAGCCCCAACGACCAGGAUCACUUCGAAGAGUAUGAGUUCUCUGCGGUCGAGCGGACAGACGAUUUCGACCCGAUCUUCAUCCGACCGCAAAAAACCGCGCGAACCACAUUCAGUGCGAUCAAGCUCUAUGGACUGCUUUCAUAUUCACUCGGCACGACAAUUCUUUGGUGGCACUCCUUCAUUGUCCUCAUCCGCGACCAGGCUGGGUCGCACGCCUUGCUCUCGCCCGUUGCGGUGUUCACUGUCAUUGGGUACCUCGUCACCUUGGAGCGAGACAUUCCGGCGCGACUCUAUACGCCGCUAAGUUGGGUGUUGACGCCUGCGGCGCUGGGGCAGUUCAGAGCCUCCAUUGCGGCGCUGGUGUUCUUUUAUCGUGCCCACGCGCACAGCCCCCAAUACACUGUCCUCCCUUCCUUCGACGUCUCCGAUUACAGAUGUGAUGUGCGCGCGAUGUUGUUUGAUCCGACGAACACAACCUACCUGGUGUCUCUCGGUGCAUCGCCGGUUCUGCUAGCCUUUGCAUUGCUGCCCCUCGCGCUCAUCUUGUUUACCUGUUACGAGUCCAACCUGCGAGUGGGAAUCGGACUAGCUUAUAUUUACAUAAUCCUUACUUUGUUCUCGGUCAUCUCAUUCGCAAUCGUGGGUCAAAGAGAGACAAACCCCAUCGCAUGGGACCCGGAUUGCGCGCUCGUCCACGUGAUGAUGGGCAGCGGCUAUGGAUACUUGGAUGUCCAGGCUUCACAAGAUAUUCAAGCUGGUUUGCAUAAAGUAAAGACGAUCUUUGGGAUCAUUUGGUAGUCCGGCUGCAUUCCGUAUAGAAUCAUAAUCAAUG